GGGAGGCUCCAUGCUGUUUAUAAAAAUCCAAGCUCGAGAAUCCGACUCCACAAACUCCCCACACACACAUUCAUCCUCACACACACACACACACACAUUCAUCAUCACACAUCUGGAGUUUUCUCUCCUCCCUCUCCCUCUCUCUCUCUCCGGCUCCCUCCAUCCCCGUGGACUCUGGCAUCCUCCCGUCUUCUUCUCACAAGUCAGAGAGUGUUUGGAAGUGCGCUCCGAAUGUCUCCCCGCCCGGGCUCCCUCAAAAGUGUGCGACUGACGGACUGACUCGACCGAGCGCAGCCGGGAGGUCCGUCAAGUGUAUGUGGGUCUUUGCCGGGCGCACCCCCCCGCCGCUCCGCCUCUCGCGCCCCUCCUCGGGAUCCGCGGGUCCUCUUCCUCCGCCACAGGCUCCCCACACCAAGCGGUCACCAUUUCCGCCCCCGGGAGACCCACGCUGGCCGCUCAGCCCCUUCCCCGACUCAGCAUCGGGAGGAAGACCCUGGUGGCGGCCGCCGUGGGGGUUAUGCUGGUCCUGGUCCUGGUGGUGCUCAUCCCCGUGCUGGUCAGCUCCGUGGGCACAGACCCCAGCCACUAUGAGAUGCUGGGCACCUGUCGGAUGGUGUGCGACCCCUACCUGAACAAGGGCACCCCCAGCAGCAGCACCAGCUCCACGGGGCUCCAGGCGGAGGCGGAGGCGCUGAGCGACCACGGCAACGUGCUUCCGCCCUCCACGCUACUGCAGGGCCCGCAGGGGAAGCCGGGCAGGCCGGGGAAGCCGGGGCCGCCCGGGCCGCCGGGGGAGCCGGGGCCGCCCGGACCGGCGGGGCCUCCCGGUGACAGAGGGGACCAGGGCAGGACCGGGGUUUUGGGCUUGGGGGGGAACGGAGCUAUCAGCACCGCCACCUACAGCACGGUGCCCCGGGUGGCCUUCUACGCCGGCCUCAAGAACCCGCACGAGGGCUACGAGAUCCUCAAGUUCGACGACGUGGUCACCAACCUGGGCAACAACUACGACGGCAUCGCCGGGAAGUUUGUGUGCAGCAUCCCGGGCACGUACUUCUUCAUCUACCACGUGCUGAUGAGGGGAGGGGACGGCCCCAGCAUGUGGGCCGACCUCUGCAAAAACGGGCAGGUACGAGCCAGCGCCAUCGCCCAGGAUGCGGACCAGAAUUACGACUACGCCUCCAACAGCGUCAUCCUCCACCUGGACGCAGGGGACGAGGUCUACAUCAAGCUGGACGGCGGCAAAGCGCACGGCGGCAACAACAACAAGUACAGCACCUUCUCGGGCUUCAUCCUCUACGCGGACUGAGGACGAUCGGUCACACUGACUGAAAAAGGAAAGAGAGUUGUGGGGUGGAGAGGAUGUGUGUUCAAAUGCCUUCUAAGUUCCCACUCUUUCUUCUUCUUAUUCUUCUCUCCAUCAUCAUCAUGGACGACCUUGGCAACCAUGAGACCUCCGGGGCGCUGUGGUUGAGGCCUGGACACACUGGGCAGAGGGAUGCCACAAGGAUUUUUGUGAAGGGGACUGAGGAGGCUGUGCCAAUGUGUCGGAAGCUCCUCGCUAUCUUCUCUCUUUCCAUCGCCCUGCACACCGUGGACUCUCACACCUCUUCUCUCCACAGCGUGGCCCCCACUUUGACUGAAAUGCGUAGUGUCGUUCGUGCAAUUUUACCUUAGAUUGUGUUUUUAUUUGGCAGCGAUGCAUACUAUUCCGCACAGACCGAUUGAAAAAAAAAAACCUUGAUGAUAUCCCCCGUCCUGUCGUGAAGAUACCCUCCCAGAUGUUGUUUGUGACGCAGAAGAGCUGAACGGACGACGGCGUUCAGCGGCGUAUCUCCUCAUGUAUGCUCAACUAUAGGCAAUACCCUUCCACCAGCUGCCUGUCCUGCUGCUCUUGGGGUUCAAAGUGUCUCCUAGAUGUCCUCGUUCUGUGUAGAUCAUCAACACGAGCAAAGCGAAAGGUAGCUAAAGAGCAGUUAGUGACUGGAAGGAAGCGGCGGCGGUGGUGGUGGCGUCUCUUAGGCAUCACUGAUUGUCCUCUGUUCAUUUGCCGCACAUUCGCCGACACAAGUGUUAAUAUUUACUCAACAUGGCAGCCCGACCGCUCGCCUUAGGAUGAUUGGGCGGACUGCAUGUGUGUGUGUGUGAGUGUGUGCGUGUGUGUGUGUGUGAACAGUGUGCACACACACCCCAACCCUCGUCCCCGCCCCAAAGGAGUGUGUGCAUGCUAGCAUGUGGUGUGCCAUAGCUAUACACGGUCCUCCCCAGAGUCGAUAUUCUAUUUAGCUCCAGUCAGGGGGCAGCACAGCCGCUAUAGACAUGAUGAGCUUCUACAUGAAGUCUAUGACAUGUUUGUCUAUCCUAUCUUUUGAAAUUGUUGAAUACGUUUAAAUAAUAAAUGGGAGUUUUCUUUUG